CUCUCUCUCCCGCUCUCUCUCUCUCACACACACACGAAAAGGGAUAGUGGAUGCUCCUGACUUGAUGGCUAAGACGAGGUGGGAUAAUCAUGCGUGUCUGGCCCCGGGCGUUGAUGCAGCUGCCGUUGCCUGAUCUUUACUGGGCUGAGGGUAGGGUUGUUCCGGUUCCGACUGGAUCUUCAUCUCGAUUCGUCUUGACAUCGAUGUUAUCAAGCUAUUUACAUGUAAGAAGACAACGACUGAUGUAGCCUAAAAAGCGCAACCGCAAUUAUUGAACAAAUCUGAAUGGAGUAAUUAAAUGCUACCAUCGAUGGAGGAGGAUCUUAUUUAUAAUAACUAAUGAAGUGCUGUCUUGGAGGAAGGGAAAUAACCAGGGACAUCCCCGUGAGACGACCGGCUCACCCGUUCUCCUGUUUGCUGCGAUUAAAAAAAAUGAGAUCGGUACGUAGGCUGCCGUGAAAAUAACAUAAUUGCAUUAGUAAUCAGGCUAGGACACCCUCUCCACCAGCACCCUAUUUUCGCCGUUCCAGGGGCAGCAAACGCGGCACCGAACGCAAAACCGUCCACGACCCGGUCCGCGCCAUCAAAUCGACGCAUUACUGGAUGGGGAGUAGCAUAGACUGUGAAGACCGUGAGUGCGUGUGUCAAAAGGGGGACAGAGGGAGACCGGGCCAGCUCAACCCCCUGCACCUGAUAAUUGCGCUCUAUUCUGGCAAGUUUGGAGGGACUGAGAGUCCGGUGCAGUAAGGGCGCCUCAAUGACCGUCUCAUCCCGGGACAGGUAGAGAAGGCUCGAGAACGGCGGCGUGUUUGGAAGUUUUGAUGCAUAUGAUCACAACCACCAUGAUUUUUAUGAUUCUUGGCGCUUCAGUUGUAAUGGCAAUUGCCUGUUUAAUGGACAUGAACGCACUACUGGAUCGCUUUCACAACUACAUCUUACCGCAUCUACGAGGGGAAGACCGCGUCUGUCAUUGCAACUGUGGAAGGCAUCAUGUCCACUAUGUGAUCCCUUACGAUGGGGACCAUUCUCUGGUGGACUCGUCUGAGAACUACUUUGUCAGUGACAGCGUGACCAAGCAGGAGAUGGACCUGAUGUUGGGGCUGCUGCUGGGCUUCUGUAUCAGCUGGCUCCUACUGUGGCUGGAUGGAGUGCUGCACUGUGCUGUCAGGGCAUUGAGGGCCAGCCGCUACUAUGACACCCCUUCCUGGUCAUGGCUCCCCUCAUUCUGUAACCUUCGAGAUCUGCGUCGACGCGCCCAGCUCAGACAGCUGGAGGACUCCACUGGCAACAUGGUCCACAUCAAGCAGAAGCUCUACCACAACGGCCACCCCAGCCCACGCCACCUCUGACUCUGAAACAAGAAUCCCCCCUCCAGCCCCUCAAACUGCCCCAAGGCCAACUGCUGCCUCAGAGACACUGGAAAACUGCCCUCCGACUGUUCAUAACACACCUGGCCCGAAACUUUCUUACGAUGACCCUGACACAAGUCAGCACCCACCAAUCCAAACUUGAGCAGAAGAUAGUCGUCACUGAAAUCUUGUCUAUGUCCAUGUCCACCAUUGAGGUAGGAAGGAAAAACAAGCAUUUUUAAGGGUGCUUUCUGUAUAGAAAAAUGUUCUGUGUUCAUUGUUGAAACUUGGCAUGAUCUUUUAGAACAGGGUACGAUGAUGGGGGGCACAGUGUUUAUUUAAAAAAAUCUCUAUGGGGAGGGUAUUUCUCUAAAGUGGGAGGGAGGUAAAUGGAUAGGGGUGGGUUUCAAGAUUUUAUGAUGGGGAGUUUAGAUUGCUGCUUCUGUAAAUACUUCUAAAUAUGGGGAAGUGGGAACACAGGGUAGGUUUGUUCGUGAGUGUGGUGAGUCAAGUGUUACGAGUAGAGCUGAUGGGCUGUAUGGAAGGAUAAACGGAGCGUAGGAAAGAGGAGGAUGACAGCCGUCUGGAAGUGAACAGUGUGAUGUCUGCUAAAAACAGAUUAAUUUGUUUUGUUACCUAGUGAAUUAAAUGAAUGUAUUAAUUUUACCUGUAAAUAUAAGAGGGGGAGGGGAGCAUACGUUUGUGGUUAGGGUUCUCUGCACUGUUAUUAUUUAUGAGAAGGUAGAAAAUGAAUUGCCAGUCAAGAUAAGACGGAGACAGUUCAGUGCUUCCCUCGUCUUCCCAAUAUUGUGUCCAAUAGCACUUCCCACUUUGCUACAUCCAAUUCCUUCAUACUUACUCAAAAGCAACCAGCCUAGAAGCAGUGGGAACCCUCACCCAGUCCCUCUCUCCCUCUCUGUCCAGACAUUGCUGUUGUGAAGAUAAAAUGUCUGUUUUAUUAAAAGUGCCAUUGAAGCACAACAGUGACCCCUGACGUUUGAAUGUGUCAUUGCCUCAACAUUGGUAACCAUACCAUUGAACAGUGUAUGUAUGGAGAAAAAAAAUAAUUCCUAGAGGUUGUACUUGUGAGCGGUUAUGUUUUUAAACAGGAAAUAUGGAAUGUAAAUCAACUGUUCAGUUCAAUUUAAUAUUUUAGUAUAUGCCAUCCACAUGCAGUAAACCUAAUUGUGGUUUAAUUAAUCAAGAAAUAGAAAUGUGAUUUCAUGAACACCAAUUAACCUCAGAGAGGCUACUUCUGGUAUGUCUGGGACUUUUAAAAAUAAGAUUAAAGGGAUAGUGUGACAUUUGUCCAUUUUGCUAAAUGAUCAACACCACUUUUCCAUAAGCAUUCUUAAUAUCUAGGUAUUUAAACGUUGUGCUUACAUAGGCAGGUACAGUAAUUACAGUGUAGUUACACAUUGUUACAGACUAACUGUUACACAUGUUUGUGGUUUGUAUAAUUACGCAUUGAAAUUUGUAUAUGAAUUACAUUUGAAAUCAGUCAGUGGUCAAUCCUCUCAUCCUAUAUUUUAUAUGCAGAUAUUCGGGAUACCAUGAUCUACAAAAUCAGUUUGAUGUUGAUGAAUGUAAAAACUUUGCAAGUAGAGGUUCAAUCUGUAGCUUUUAUUUCCUCUGUGGUUCAACCUGGUCUUGGAGCAUUUUGUAUUAUUCUGUGUGUAAAUCCGAGACACUUCAUUUAGUAUGAUGUUAUGUUUGACAUGGUAUGUAUUCAUUUGUGGAUAUCCAUCACUCACUUUGUAUGAUAUGUUCCCGAAUUACAAUUCUUAUUACAUGUUAAGAAUUUGCUAAAUGUACAAUGUGGUACCCAUUUGCAAAACUUACAAUAUGCUAGACAUUUUCAAAACAUAUAUAUUGCUAAUGUUAGCUAGGCUAGGGGUUAAGGUUAGGAGUUAGAUUAAACUAAAAGGAUUAAGGUUAGCUAAUAUGCUAAGCAGUUGCAAAGUAGCUAAUAAGUAGGAAGUAGUUGAAAAGUUGCAAAAAUGCUAAAGUUGUCCGUGAUGAGAUUCCAAUGCACUAGACAUUCACAUUAUACACCCACACAUUCACACCGACCAACCAGCCUAUUUUAGUUUUUGCCUUAAGUAAUCAUACCAAAUGUAACAUAUCAUACUAAUUUGAGUGUCCCAGAUUUACUAUGUUACAUCUAGUCUAUGAGACCAUGCUGUGUGGUUAUAUAUUAUUACCUUAUGGGCACCUGUUCCUUUUCUUUUUUGAUUUUGCACUUGCAAAUGCUAAAAUACCUGGAUGUUGCUUUGUGAGCCUUUGCGCCUCACAUGGAAAAUAAUGUAAGGGAAAGAUAUUUUCUCAGACAUGUUAAGAGGGAUUGAUGUAACAUGAUGCUCAACCAACCUAGUUAAUUUGCUCAUGAGAUGUAUACAGGCCUAAAGUCUUAUCUGUUGCCAUUUUCUUAUUGUUUCCAAUCUUCCAGACAACCGGUCACCCCUGUAACCAUUACAUUUCCCAUAUACUUAAGAACUUGCAAAUCCAACUUAAACUGAAAGUAUAAUUAUGAAACUUUUAUACCGCUUU